AUGGCUGGCAUCCUUUCUGAGGAUGUUUUGGAUGUGAAAGACAUUGAUCCAGAGGGUAAAGAGUUUUAUGGAGUAUCUCUAUUGCAUUGUGAGAGUGAAUCUUUCAAGAUGGACCUCGUUUUAGAUAUAAACAUUCAUAUUUACCCUGUAGACUUGCUUGACAAGUUCCAAUUGGUCAUAGCUAAUACCUUGUAUGAAGAUGGCACCCUAGGCCUUUCAGGGCUGACCAGGGAUGAAAUGUCUAUGGAAGCGGCAACACACCUCUCUGCUUACGUAUUCUAUGGGGCUUCACUCAUGAGGCUGCAGGGUGAUGCCAACAACCUGCAAGGAUUUGGAGUGGAUUCCAGAGUUUAUCUGCUGAUGAAGAAACUGGCCUUCUGA